ACGAAGGUGAACAUGGAGAGUCAAAUCGAUCCACGCUCUAUCAGUCGCUUUCGGUGGCUUAUAGUAUGCUUGGCCAACGAGAUCACUAAUUCUGAGUUGAAGAAAGCGAAGUUUCUGGUGAAAGACAGACUUGGUGCUAGAAACUUCGAGAAAAUCAAGGACACUUUUGAUUUCUUCGAUAAGCUACAGGAAGGAAAUCAUUUCCACGAAGGUGAUACCCUUUUACUGAGGCAUAUCCUCUCGAAGAUAGGACGAAAUGACUUGAUCGAGGAGCUUAACAGAUACAAUUCAGAGUAUGCCGUUGUUGCUAGACAUUGUCACAGGCAUCCUGCGGCUUCUGAAGGCCCAUUCAUUGGUAGGAAUGACCGACUGGACGAGCUGUUUUUUCUCCUGAAAGAAAAACGAAAGGAUGAAGUGGCAACUAUCUGCAUCAGUGGACUUCCUGGUAUGGGCAAAACCAGAUUAGCAAAAGAGGCAUGCUAUCGCCAGAUAGAGUACCACGAGUUGCUGUUUGUUGACCUACGAGAAUUGUCUACAUUAGAGAGUAUCUUUAAUGCAGUAAUGCACGCAUUGGGCGAAGAUACAUCUUUGAAUGUUGACAUAGAUGUUGUGAUUUGGAGGUUGAAAUUGUAUAGGCCCAAGAAAGCAGGUGGCGCUGUACUUUUGUUUGACAAUGCCGAUCGCCCUCUAAGAACCCCAGAAAAAGGCGUAAACGAUGAUGUGUACAACACUUUUGUUGAACUAAUUGAAAGAAUCAUUGAUUGUGGCAACGACUGCCUGAAGGUGUUAAUCACAACCAGAAUGGGAUUGCCACAAGAUCUAUGCACCCACUAUGAUAAUUGUGUCUUUCAAAUUCCAAUCAGGGCAGAUGAGCUGAAAGAUAGUGAUGCAAUAGAUAUCCUCCAAUACUCUGCUGGCAAGACUGAAAUAUCAGGUGAAGAUGCAAAGCGACUCAUUCACUUAUGUGGAAAGUGCCCCUUAGCCUUGAAAGUCACAGGUAGUCGUCUGCAGGACCGCUCUAUACCUCCUAAAAAAUUGAUCGAGUAUUUAGAUAACAAAUCCGACAACGUUUUUAGUCUUGAAUUAUAUGGUGGCAUAAACCUGGGAGCAUGUUUGAAGAACACGUUUGACAGCCUGCCUGACAAACAGAAGUUCCAUAUGGUUCGACUGUCCGCAAUUCCCGGUACAUUCACCAGUCGUGCAGCUCUAGCAGUUUUGGGAAUGAAGCAAGUUCCUGAAGUGGAAGUCAACCUUCAGCUUCAAGACUUAAAAUACAGGAAUCUAAUUGAAACGUUAAUUGACGACGACGAAGACGUCAACAAGUCAGAUAUACGCUAUGGGCUUCAUCUACUUAUGCGACAGUUCUUACAAAAGAUAGCCAGGAGUAACAAGUCCAUAACAAUCCAUUACAGACAAGGAGAAGAGGAGUUUGUUAACUAUUAUUUAAAAAAGCUGAAAAAAAUUGGAAAAAUGACAGAGAAAAAUUACAAAAAAGCUAUAAAAAAGAAGAAUGAUGAUGCUGCCAACUUUCAAGAGCUUCUAAGGCUACUACCAAAACAGAAGAGAGAUGUUGAAACUGACGAAUGGAGAAAGUUAGCUAGUACAAUUGAACUAUUUUAUUCUACAAAAGAAAGACUGAAGUUUUUCAAAGCCCAGCGACAGCUUGCAGAACAGAACCAGAGCACACUUGAGUUUGUUGAAAUGUCAGCAUAUGAAGGGUUGCAGAUGUCCAGAAUUAAUUAUCACUAUGAAGAAAUUCUACCACUGCUUCAAAAUGCUGAACAAGUGUUGCUGAAAGCUACAAACACAAAACCAAUACAUACUGAUAAAAGAUCCUUAAGCAGUACAUUAUUUAAAAAGAAAGCUGAAAAUUAUUUUGCCAAAAAGCACAUCCAAAACUUGAAUGCUGGUGAAAAAGAAAAACUUUUUUUACUUUAUCAUCUUUGGGGAAAUGUUUGUACAACAUGCGGAUAUGAUUUAGACAAUGCCAAUGAGCGCAUUCAAAUCGCAUAUGCUCUUGUAAAAGAACUAAAUCUGAAGAACACCAAUACUGCUAGAUUCUACAGCACAAUGGCAGAUGUGAUAAAGGAAAAUGCAAGGCUUCAGAAAGGCAAUGAUCUCUUUGAGAAAAGCAAACUGAAGGAAGCCAUGGAUUUUUACAACAUGGCAUACAAUCUAAGAAAAGACCUAACCGGAUCAGAAAAUCACCCAGAUAUUCCAGUGUACUUAGCAAACAUUGGGGCUUGUUACUAUCAUUUAGAAGAGAUUGAAAAAGCUAUUGAGUAUUACAAAAGGUCCUUGCAGGUGGAAGAUGAAAUGGUGCUUGAAAAUGAGGAAGGGCGACUGAAGACGCUCAGAAGCCUUGCACUUGCAUACCGGGAUGUCGGCAGAUAUGAAGAUGCCAUUGAUUUGGGAAAGAAAUGUGUCACAAGCCGUGUCGAGUUGCUAGGCGACCACACAGACACAGCACGAGCAUACUAUCUUCUGGGAUUGUUCUACCUGGAGCGUAACGAACGAGGAGACCUAAAGGUAGCUGAACAAAAAUUUGAGGGGGCGCUGAAGGUUGAGGAGCGUCUGUGGAAGCUGGGAAAACCACACUCCGUAGACUGGGAGAAUCUCAAACGAAAGAUACAGAUUGUACUCAUUAAAACCAGCCAAAAAAUGAAAUACCCAGCUUAUAAAAGACGCUUUGAUAGGGCAGAUAGGAAGUCUUCACAGGGACCACUAGAGACGAAUGUAACUGAUGCCGAUGCAGAGGCCAUAUAUGAUUCAUCAGAUGAAUCAGUUGAUGAAAAUGUAUCGAUGCAGAUUACAGAGGAGCCUACAGAAAAAUUGAUCGCUAGAAAGCGACAUAGUAGUGAUUCAUGUAGCUCCGAGGACGAUUACGCACAGUCCAUGGUCUCUCAGGACAGUGGCAUAUCAAGCAUGGCAAGCGCCAAAGGACAGGGUGACCAAAAAAAGAAAUUGAAAUACUAGAUGAAACAUUCCAGCAAUAGACGAGUAUAUGCCAAUCAACUAUCCUUGUCCUCUUCAUCAUCAUUAACAUUUCAAAAAAAUGUUAAUUCUUCUCAGCAUUGUCAUCGUCGCUGUGGCUGCUGCUGUCAUCAAUCAAGCUGUGCAAUUGUUGCCAUUAGUGAUAUAUUUAAAAAAAAGCAAAUUAAAAUGUACAGUAAAUCAGUCAAUAAUGUGAUAUAACCAUCGUCAUCAGCUUAAACAAUAACAUCAUCUUCAUCAUCAUCAUUGUUAUGAUGAUCAUCAUCAUCCUGACCAUCCUUAUCAAAUUAUGCUGCAAUUGUCAUACAUCUGAGAAACCACCCAUUUAAAAUUUUGCUCCUUUUUUGAACUAUUUUCUCUAUGGUUAUAUUGACUUCUGUCUCAUUCAAUAUUUAUUGUAUUGUGUGUAGUAGCUGUUUAGUGGUUUAAAAGCGCCUUGAGAUGGUUAAAAGGCAAUAUUAAAUACAAGGUGUUUUUUUUUUUUACUUAAUUAUUUCUAUAAAAACGAAAAUUUAGUUUUAAAUGUAUGAAUAUGAAUUUGCUGAGAAAUUUUAAUAAUUAUUAUGUUAAUUGUAUUCGUUUUUGGUGUCUACUGCCCUUUGGGGUGCAAUGUAGAUAUAUUGCUAUCGUCUUGCAAUUGACCCUGUUAGAGUAAAUCUGCUAAGAGUAAAUCUGGUGGUAGAAUGAUAGGAUGGGUCUUGAGCUAAAGAUAAAAAUGAAAAGCAAAUUUACAAAAUAUUAUGCUGUGCUAGAUAAGACCUAUGCUAGAUAAGACAUGUCCUAGUUACAGUAAGUUAUCAAUUGAAUUGCCAACGCAGAAAGCUGCUAGAUCAAUCUGCUAUAUUUGUACAGUUAGUUAUUCAAGUCAAUUGACAACACAGAAAUCUUGGAUGAGUUGAAAGUAGCCAAAAAAAA